CCCUUCCCGGAAGACUUCCAAACCACCGCAAUAGUAAAGUGAUGUUGUUGCCAUCUGAUAAGUCACAAGCAGACAUUCAUGUGGAAUAUGAAAAAAUAGACGGUGCAAGAAGUAUUAGUCUUAGUACUUUUACCAGAGUAUGGCGGGAGUUGUGCCCACAUAUUGUCUUAGCGAAACCAAAAACAGACUUGUGUUUUAGAUGCCAAACAUUUUCUUGUAAAAUUUCACAAAGUGGUGCCCUUUCUGAAGAUGAUAAAAUGACACUUCUUGAUGAAUAUGAAAGUCAUGUUGAAAGUGCUAGACAUCAGAGGGAGCAAUAUAGAAUGCAGUGUGAUGACUCUAAAGUUACAUGUAGUGAAAACAUUACAGUUGAAGGUGCAGUAUCAUGUUCCUUAGAUGCAACCGUCCACUACAGCUGGGACUUUGCACAGCAGGUUCAUAUUCCACACCAUAGCCAACAGGUUGGACCCCUGUAUUUCAAAACUGCCAGGAGAUGUGAGGUAUUUGGAGUUUGCUGUGAAGGAUCUGAGAAACAGGUGUUUUACCUUGGUGAUGAGGGUGUUGCCCCAGGCAAAGGAGCAAACACAGUUGUCAGCUACCUCCACCAUUACCUUGAAAACUACGGCCUGGGUGAGGAACAUGCCCAGUUCCUUUUUGACAAUUGCCAAGGACAGAACAAAAAUAAUGCAGUUCUUGGUUAUGCUGUGUGGAGAACAUUGACGGGAGGGCAUAAGACAAUCCAAUAUUCAUUGAUGCUAGCCGGCCACACCAAAUUCUCAUGUGAUUGGCAUUUUGGAGUGUGGAAAAACAGAUGGAGACACAUGGAUGCAGAGACAGUUGAGGAGGUGGCUUCCACAGUAGCAAUGUCAUCCCGUAAUGGCCACAACAUCCCCCAUAUUGUUGAUGGCAACAGCAAACCAGUGUUGUUCUAUGACUGGAGCACCUUCUUCAAAGGCAUGUUCAAACCAUUGAAGAACAUUUCGAAAUACCAUUCAUUUGAGGUGUCUUCUAACGAGCCUGGGGUUGUAAGAGUAAGGAAGUUUGUUGAUGCCCCUGAGGAGAAAAUUAACAUACUGAAAACCUGCCAAGUGGAUAUUUGUGUUAUGCCAGAGCAGAUCUUUGGUGAGGGAAUAAAUGCUGAAAGGCAAUGGUACUUGCAUGAUGUAAUAAGAGACUUUUGCAGAUCGGAUCAUGCUAAAAACACAACAUGCCCUUUGCCAUUAGUUGCAAAAGAAGGCUAUUCAAAGGCCAAAAAACAAAAGUUGAAAUAGGUAACUUUAUUGAGAACACUUUCUGUGUGUGUUUCAGCAAAAGGUAUAGUUUGUGUCUUGCUAUAAACAGAUUGGCAUGUAUAAGUUGAAGUUUAAUGUUUUCAUUUUCAUUCAAAGAAUAUAUUUCUUAGUGUAACAUUGAUAAAAUAUUUAUGAUUUUAGAUAAAAUAUUUAUGAUUUUAGGAAUGUAUGGUUUCCAUGGCAACCAAUAGUAACAAACUUGAUUGAUCAUUGAAUACCUAUGCAUAAACGUGUAUUUCAUUUAUGGGAAUAUCAUUGAACAGUUGGCCAUCUAUAUGUAAAGUAUGAUGGCACUCAUAUUUUCCAUACAUGACUGCAGUAUAAUAUUCAAGUGUACAUUAUAAAUCUACAUGUUAUAACUUUAUAGUUAUACAUACAUAUAGUUUCA